CAGGCUUCGGGAUUAUUACAGCCUUGGAAUAGACCAAUCUCUUACAUCGAACCUCUUAUCAGAUGGGGAAUCGGGACCAGCAUUCCCCCGACGUAGCAACUCGUAAAACGAAACUUGCCUGAAACUAGAAACCAAACCGGUAUUAGAUCGCAGGUCGAGCGCUCAGAUAUCACUGAUUCGCGAUACAGCUUGCCAUUUUCUCAUCGGUCUCACCAAUUGCGGCGAGUCCUGUGUUAUGAUAUCAGCGUGCUUAUAUGGCUAUAAUAAUAUUGGCCGCGAGAAGGAAUUCAGUAUAAAUACACCCACCGUGACAUCGUUCUUGUCUGCACCUCAACUUCCCCCCGCCGGACCGAAUCAUGAUCCCCGCUCAAUUCAAGCUCGACCUUGCACAACUACCAAGGGCCACAACUGAACCCUUCCAGGCUGGCGCUAAAAUUAAGAAGAGACUCAUUGUGUGCUGCGAUGGAACCUGGCAAAACGGAGUGAUCGCCAAGGACUCGCAGUGUUGGAAGCAAACCAACAUACUGAAACUAUCACGGGGAUUGGAACAUGUGGACGAACGAUCGGGGGUUCCGAUACCGCAGAUUGUCUACUACCAGUGUGGCAUCGGAUGCGCGCAAAAUUUCUACUCUGAAUAUGUCGAUGGUGCGACAGGAGGAUCCCUCGGUGAAAAGGUUCAAGAGGCUUAUGCGUUCAUCGCCCAAAACUACCACCCCGGUGAUGAAAUAUUCCUCUUUGGCUUCUCUAGGGGUGCAUAUACCGCACGGAUGAUAGCCAUGUUCAUCGGCGCUAUCGGUGUUCUGGACCGUACCGACAUGGAUCACUUCGCCGAUAUAUUUAUAACGUACCAAAAACGUGGCAAAGAGACUGACCCAGGAGAGAUCGAAAGGCUAGAUGCAUCGUUGAGCCGGUGGACCUCCCCCGAUUCCCGGGGUAAGAGAAGAGCUGAGUCUGUUAAUGACUCUUUCUCCAUAAAAUGCGUCGGUGUUUUUGAUACUGUCGGUUCGGUCGGUCUACCUGAAGAAUUGACGCAUAAGUCGCCUUCCACAAAAUCUAUUUUUGGCUUCCCCAACAGUGAACUUGGGGAACAUAUUGAGCGUGCAUAUCAAGCGCUUGCUAUUAACGAAAUCAGACUCGACUUUGACUGCUGCAAAUUUGUGCAGACGGUCGGAGGGCGGCGGAAAGGGCAGAUUCUGAAACAGUGCUGGUUUUCUGGUGAACAUUCAGACAUCGGAGGUGGCUGGCAACAACAUGACUUAUCUGACAUAACUCUUGCGUGGAUGGUGGCCAAUAUCGGUGACAUGUUAUCCAUUGAUAUUGCAUACAUCUUUUCGCUAGUGAAUCCAGUGGCGCCUUGGGGAGAGCAGCCCCCACAUAAUCCACGCACCGGUGUAUACGUAUUGUCGAAGGAAUAUGUCAGAAAACUUCCAACAGUCACGGAUGACAUCACGCACGAAACAAUCCACCCUUCUGUUCUCCGACAGAAACAAUCGAUCUCAUUCGAUCCCACUCUUGUUUGCAAGUUGCUUCCUCUGGAGGAAGAGCUACAGAAGAAAUGGCCAUAUAUUGAAGGGAAACACUUAGAACAUCAGGUAAAUGAAGCAGUGUAUGUGCGAUUAGUAACGUUUUUCUAUAAUCGUUUGUAGUGACAUUUGGGUUUGCCUCGCACGACACUCCACUGCAAGCCUUUUUCAUCGAACCUUUUAGUGGGUUCAUUAUAGUAUAAGUUUCAUACAUGACUAUGUAUUGGUAGCAAUGAUAGGUACAAAUUUAUAUUGUAGAUUGUGUAAUGUUUUAUUUCAUGUUCUUAUUUUUUUCAACCCACCUCACUCACCUUUCACCAUGGGCGAGCAUGCACAGUACUUCUAACUUCAGGGGGAAAAAGCUCGCACAUGAGGAGCAGGGUCGAGCCAUUGUGUCAUAGAUUCUCCGUUUCGGUCACUGGAGUCCAGUGCGUCUAGUGACACUGAAUGAGGCGACUGGAUCGUGACUUGUUGAAAGGAGGAUGUGCGCCAAUUUCGUAGAGAAGGAUUACGUAUAUUCGCCAGCCUAAUACAAUACAUCCGAUAAACGUUCUAUCAAGCAAAAUGUAUGCCCUCGUCAUGAAAUGC